AUGACCGAAAGAGAAAUGGUGGAGGUCCGAUAUGGUGGUAUCUCGCUAGGAUGUUGGGCUGACUUUCUCGCUGUAGAUUUAAUGAGAUGCUUCCGGAAGGUGAUUGGCAUUAUCCAAAUUGUGCAUGCAAAUAUUGCAGUAAGGACAGUGGUAGAACUCGAAGUUCACUUCUUACAUGUCGCCUUUGUGAGAAAAAAACUUCAAAAGGUGAAGAAAAUUGGUUACUUUCCACUACUCAUCCGCUCACCAUCCCCGCUUGUCUUCCGCCACUUUGCUUCCUUUGCACGAACAACAGUCAUUCAACUUCACAAAUAUCAUAAGGGAACACAUUUUGAGGUUGAUGAAGAGAUGUGUGGGGAUGAUGAGGAUAGGGAGGCUUUACAAGAGACCAUAAAGAAUAUGCAAUCUAGUACAGAGCUCGUAUUCAGUGAUAUUUCAACAGAGAGGACUGCACAGAUAGAUGGAUCCAGUGAGCAGAUUGAGGCUGUAAAACAGUUGGGUAAUGAAGUAAUCAGUGAGGUAUGUGCAGUUUUACAAGGAGACCAAGCAUCAGCUUGGUUUCAAAAACUAUAUGCUAGAUUGCACUUGCUUUUCAAACUUUCUGCUAAUUUAAGACAAAUCGGGUAUCUUUUAGUUAAAGAUUCUUACACCUCCCAUUUCUGCCCUUUGUAUUUGGUCCGUUAUGGACAGCCACCGCCACAGCAGUCUCCUAAUGCUGCCCCACAAGGUGGUGGCUAUGCCCAACCAGCUCCUUAUAGUAUACUUUGA